AUGCAAGUGCAUCAUCGCCAUGUACAGGGCGGCGCUAUAGCCCUCGCUGACUCCGCCCAUCGGACACGCCUCGAACAUGCUUGGACUAACGCGAUUUUGCUCGCAUUCCAAUCGGAGCCGAUGUGCACAUGUCCAUCCGAGGCUGCACACAGAGGAAUCUACACUCAGUGA